CACAGAAAAACACAAGCUAAAUGUUCCUGAGACGAUGACUGAGGUUCUCGAUGUUUCUGAUGAAGAGGGCGAUGACACCAUGACAGGUGAUGGGGGAGAAUACCUUAGGCCUGAGGAUCUAAAAGAACUGGGUGAUGACUCACUACCCAGCAGCCAGUUCCUGGAUGGUAUGAAUUACCUGCGAUACAGCUUGGAGGGAGGACGAUCUGACAGUACCAUGCCCAGCCUUCGAUCCUUCAGUUCCGACAGGUCUCACACUCUGAGCCAUGCCUCCUACCUGAGGGACAGUGCCAUGAUGGACGACUCGGUUGUGAUCCCCAGUCACCAGGUGUCAGCUUUAGCCAAGGAGGCAGAAAGGAACUCUUAUCGUCUAAGCUGGGGCACUGAGAACUUAGACAACGUGGCUCUUUCUUCCAGCCCUAUUCAUUCAGGCCGCACCUCUCCAUGUCUUGAUCGUGACCACAGCAGCUUCCUGGUUAGUUUCAUGGUGGAUGCCCGAGGUGGUGCUAUGCGAGGAUGCAGACACAACGGGCUCCGAAUCAUUAUUCCGCCUCGGAAAUGUACUGCCCCAACACGUGUCACCUGCCGUCUGGUCAAACGCCACAGACUGGCAACAAUGCCUCCGAUGGUGGAAGGAGAGGGCCUGGCCAGUCGCCUGAUCGAAGUUGGACCUUCUGGUGCUCAGUUCCUUGGUAAACUUCACCUGCCAACGGCUCCUCCCCCACUUAAUGAGGGAGAAAGUUUGGUCAGCCGCAUCCUUCAGCUGGGGCCUCCUGGAACCAAAUUCCUUGGGCCUGUGAUCGUGGAGAUCCCUCACUUUGCGGCCCUUCGAGGAAAGGAGCGGGAACUGGUGGUCCUGCGCAGCGAGAAUGGUGACAGCUGGAAAGAGCAUUACUGUGAAUACACCGAAGACGAGUUGAACGAGAUUCUUAACGGCAUGGAUGAAGUGCUGGAUAGCCCGGAAGACCUGGAAAAGAAACGCAUCUGCCGCAUCAUCACCCGAGACUUCCCACAGUACUUUGCAGUGGUGUCGCGCAUCAAACAGGACAGCAACCUGAUUGGUCCAGAGGGAGGUGUGCUGAGUAGCACAGUGGUGCCCCAGGUGCAGGCUGUCUUCCCAGAGGGAGCACUAACCAAGCGGAUCCGUGUAGGCCUACAGGCUCAACCUAUGCACAGUGAUCUGGUUAAGAAGAUCCUAGGCAACAAAGCUACCUUCAGUCCUAUAGUCACUUUGGAACCUAGAAGAAGAAAAUUCCACAAGCCAAUUACCAUGACCAUUCCUGUCCCCAAAGCUUCAAGUGAUGUCAUGUUGAAUGGGUUUGGGGGAGAUGCACCAACCUUAAGAUUACUAUGCAGCAUAACAGGUGGAACCACCCCAGCUCAGUGGGAAGAUAUUACAGGAACUACGCCAUUAACAUUUGUCAAUGAAUGUGUUUCCUUUACAACCAACGUGUCUGCCAGGUUCUGGCUAAUAGAUUGUCGACAGAUCCAGGAAUCCGUUACCUUUGCAUCACAAGUAUAUAGAGAAAUUAUCUGUGUACCUUAUAUGGCCAAAUUUGUAGUGUUUGCCAAAUCACAUGACCCCAUUGAAGCCAGGUUGAGAUGUUUCUGCAUGACUGAUGAUAAAGUGGAUAAAACCCUUGAACAACAGGAAAACUUUGCUGAGGUGGCCAGAAGCCGGGAUGUGGAGGUACUAGAAGGAAAACCCAUCUAUGUUGAUUGUUUUGGCAACCUGGUGCCAUUAACCAAGAGUGGCCAACAUCAUAUAUUCAGUUUUUUUGCCUUCAAAGAAAAUAGACUUCCUCUCUUUGUCAAGGUACGAGAUACAACUCAGGAACCUUGUGGACGACUGUCGUUUAUGAAGGAGCCCAAAUCCACAAGAGGUCUGGUGCAUCAAGCUAUUUGCAACUUAAAUAUCACCCUGCCGAUUUAUACAAAGGAAUCAGAAUCAGAUCAAGAACAGGAGGAAGAGAUCGAUAUGACAUCAGAAAAAAAUGAUGAGACAGAAUCUACAGAAACAUCUGUCCUGAAAAGUCACCUGGUUAAUGAAGUUCCUGUCCUAGCAAGUCCGGACUUGCUCUCUGAAGUUUCUGAGAUGAAACAAGAUUUGAUCAAAAUGACCGCCAUCUUGACCACAGAUGUGUCUGAUAAGGCAGGUUCUCUUAAAGUGAAGGAGCUGGUGAAGGCUGCCGAGGAAGAGCCAGGAGAACCUUUUGAGAUUGUUGAAAGAGUUAAAGAGGACUUAGAAAAAGUGAAUGAAAUUCUGAGAAGUGGAACCUGCACAAGAGAUGAAGGCAGUGUGCAGAGCUUCCGGUCGGAGAGAGAAUUAGUGGAAGAAGAAUGGGUAAUUGUCAGUGAUGAGGAAAUAGAAGAGGCUAAGCAAAAAGCACCUUUAGAAGUCACUGAAUAUCCAUGCGUAGAAGUUAGGAUAGAUAAAGAGACCAAAGUAAAAGUAGAGAGAGAUUCAGCUGGGCUCGUGAACUACCUUACUGAUGAUCUAAAUUCCUAUGUGCCUCUUCACAAAGAGCAGCCACAGACAGUUCAAGAUACGGCAGGGGAGAAAUCUAAGACUCGGGCUGUUGGCAGGAGCGCUGGAAAUGAAGGGAAAGACCCACCCCGAGAUGAGACACAGAGUACACAGAAACAGCAGAAACCAAGCUUGGGAAUAAAGAAGCCAGUAAGAAGGAAAUUAAAAGAAAAGCAGAAACAAAAAGAGGAAAGUUUACAAACUAGUGCAGAAAAAACUGAACUUAAAAAGGGUAGUUCAGAAGAGUCAUUAGAUGAAGAUGCAGGUUUAGCCCCCGAACCUCUGCCCACUGCAAAGGCCACAUCUCCUUUGAUAGAAGAGACUCCUAUAGGUUCCAUAAAGGAUAAAGUAAAGGCCCUUCAGAAGCGAGUGGAAGAUGAACAGAAAGGUCGAAGCAAGUUGCCCGUCAGAGUCAAAGGCAAAGAGGAUGUGCCAAAAAAGACCACGCACAGGACGCAUCCAACUGCAUCACCCUCUCUGAAGUCAGAGAGGCAUGCGCCAGCAUCUCCCUCCUCUAAAACAGAAAGACAUUCUUCUCUUUCCUCCUCUGCAAAAACUGAAAGGCACCCUCCAGUAUCACCAUCAAGUAAAACUGAAAAACACUCACCUGUAUCACCCUCUGCAAAAGCUGAAAGACAUUCACCUGUGUCAUCAUCAAGUAAAACAGAGAAACACUCACCUGUAUCACCCUCGACAAAAGCUGAAAGACACUCCCCUGUGUCAUCUGCAAAAGCAGAAAAACACCCACCUGUAUCACCUUCAAGCAAAAUAGACAAACGUCCACCUGUAUCGCCCUCUGGGAGAACAGAGAAACAUCCACCAGUAUCACCUGGAAGAACAGAAAAGCGCUUGCCUGUUUCACCCUCUGGACGAAUGGAAAAGCACCCACCAUCAAUCACCGGGAAAACCGAGAAGUACCUACCUGUGUCACCUUCUGGCAAAACAGAAAAGCAACCACCUGUAUCCCCCACCUCCAAAACGGAAAGAAUUGAGGAAACAAUGUCUGUUCGAGAGUUGAUGAAAGCUUUCCAGUCAGGUCAGGACCCAUCCAAACAUAAAACUGGACUCUUUGAGCACAAAUCAGUGAAACAAAAGCAGCCACAAGAAAAAGGUAAAGGUCGGGUAGAAAAAGAAAAAGGGCCGAUACCAGCUCAGAGAGAAAUGCAGAAAACAGAGAAUCAGACAAUCAAAAGAGGCCAGAGAAUCCUAGUAACAGGAGUUUCAGAAUCCAAAAGAGGAGUCCGUGCUUCCUCCGUAGGGCUUAAGAAGGAAGAUGUCGCUGGAGAAAAGGAAAAAAUUCUCAGCCCUAAAAUACCCAAACCUAUUCAGACAGCACCUGAGGAAGGAAGCCAUGGAGAGAGCGAGAUCCCCAAAGAAAAGAUGGCAGAUGAACAGGGAGACAUGGAUCUCCAGAUCAGCCCAGACAGGAAAACCUCCACUGACUUUUCCGAUGUCAUUAAGCAAGAGUUGGAAGACAAUGACAAGUACCAACAAUUCCGCCUGAGUGAAGAGACAGAAAAGGCACAGCUUCACUUAGACCAAGUACUCACUAGUCCUUUCAACACAACAUUUCCACUAGAUUACAUGAAAGACGAGUUCCUUCCAGCUCUGACUUUGCAGAGUGGUGCUUUAGCUGACAGUUCUGAGAGCCUAAAGCAGGAAGGGGUAGCAGGCUCUCCAUGUGGCAGCCUGAUGGAGGGGACCCCUCAGAUUAGUUCAGAAGAAAGCUAUAAGCAUGAGGGCCUAGCAGAGACCCCUGAGACAAGCCCAGAAAGCCUUUCUUUCUCACCAAAGAAAAGUGAGGAGCAAAUUGGGGAAGCAAAAGAAACCACCAAGUUAGAAUCACCAACAGAAACUCAUUCAGAAAAAGAACAUCCCACAACCAAAGACAUUACUGAUGGUUCUGAGGCGCAAAGUGCUAUUGUCACUGAAGGCUCAGAGCCCUCUAUUGAGUGUUUUCAGAGAGAGGCCUCUCUAGACCCUUCCAAAGACACAUGCCCCAAACAAGAAGGUGAUCGCACUGGCAGCUGUAGUAUAUCAUUAGCAAAAGAAACAUCCAAGGCACUGACUGAGGAAGCAUCCCGUGAUGAAGGUCAGUGUACAUUUGGUGGUUCUGUCCAGAAGACACAAACUGAUAAUGAGACUCGGGAACCCACAACAAGCUCAAAUGAGACAAAGACCUCAUCACUGCCUGAUUCUUCUGUAAAGGCAGAUGCAGGAACUGAAUCAAAGCCUCAGGGAGUCAUUAGAAGUCCCCAAGGGUUAGAGCUUCCACUCCCUAGCCGAGAUAGUGAAGUCCUCAGCCCUGUGGCUGAUGAAUCAUUAGCAGUAAGCCACAAAGACUCUCUGGAAGCCAGCCCUGUGCUAGAAGAUAACUCUUCACACAAAACCCCUGAUUCUCUGGAACCAAGUCCUCUGAAAGAAUCCCCUUGCCGUGACUCUCUUGAAAGCAGCCCUGUUGAACCAAAGACAAAGGCUGGAAUUCUUCCAAGUCACUUUCCUAUACCUGCAGCUCUUGCCAAACCAGAACUCGUGACAGAAGUGGCCUCUAUGCGGUCCCGACUACUCAGAGACCCUGAUGGCAGUGCUGAGGAUGACAGUCUUGAGCAGACAUCACUCAUGGAAAGCUCAGGGAAGAGCCCCCUUUCUCCUGACACCCCCAGCUCUGAAGAAAUUAGCUACGAGGUUACACCCAAAGCCACAGAUGCAAGCAUGCCAAAACCAGCUGUGAUUCAUGAAUGUGCAGAGGAGGAUGAUUCAGAAAAUGGGGAGAAAAAGAGGUUCACGCCUGAAGAGGAAAUGUUUAAAAUGGUAACCAAAAUAAAAAUGUUUGAUGAACUUGAACAAGAAGCAAAGCAGAAAAGGGACUACAAAAAAGAACCCAAGCAAGAAGAAUCUUCUUCGUCCUCUGACCCAGAUGCUGACUGUUCAGCAGACAUGGAUGGACUGAAACAUAUGGAGAGUGUGGGAGGUGAAAGCAACGUCCCUGUGUUAGUGACUUCAGAAAGCAGAAUGGCUUCUUCCUCUUCAGAAAGUGAACCAGAAUUGACGCAACUGAAAAAAGGUGCUGAUUCGGGCCUUUUACCAGAACCUGUCAUUCGAGUGCAACCUCCUUCUCCUCUUCCAUCCAGCAUGGACUCCAAUUCCAGUCCAGAAGAAAUACAGUUUCAGCCUAUAGUUUCCAAACAAUAUACUUUCAAAAUGAGUGAAGAUACUCAGGAAGAGCCAGGUAAAUCAGAAGAAGAAAAAGAUAGUGAAUCCCAUGUAGCUGAAGACAGCCAUACUAUUUCUACCAAUGGUACAGAUAGACCUUAUGAUGAGCUAAACAGAGAUACUGAUCAGCCAAAAAUCUGUGGAGGCCAUGGAUGUGAGCCCACAAGUCCUAGAAUCUCACCCACUCCCAUCUCUUCGUGUCGCCAGAGUUCAACUGGUGAUGAUGUCGAUGAACAGCUUGAUAUCCAUAAACAGUCAUUCGGUCUCCAGGGCUCUCAUGAAAGUGACAUAGGAGAGGAGCUUGGUGUUUCUAGAGUAGAGUCUCCACAGGUAGAUUACCCCAGUGAAAGCUCUUCAUCUUUGUCUUCUCUGCCUCAUUGUCUAGUAUCUGAAGGAAAAGAAUUAGAUGAAGACAUAUCCUCCACAUCUGCUGCUACGAAAAUGGAAGUCACAAAAACUGAUGAAACAUUUGAGAAUUUACCAAAGGACUGUUCCACUCAAGACUCAUCCAUAACUACUCAGACAGAUAGAUUUUCCAUGGAUGUUCCAGUGUCUGACUUAGCAGAGACUGAUGAAAUCUAUGAUCCUCAAAUAAUUAGUCCUUAUGAAAAUGUUCCUUCCCAAUCAUUUUUCUCUAGUGAAGAAAGUAAAACCCAAGCAGAUACAAGUCACAGCACAAGUUAUCACUCCUCUGAAGUGUAUUCUGUUACCAUCACAUCUUCUGUUGAAGAUGUGGCAGUAGCAGACCCCUCUAGUGGAACUGUUUCAAGCAAAGAAUCUAAUUUUGAAGGCCAGAACAUGGAAAUAGAAUCCAAACAAGAAAGUACCUUGUGGGAAAUGCAAUCCUCUUCAUCUUUAGAGCCUACUAUGCCAAAUCCACCAGCAAUCAUUGGAGAACAAGUAAGCAAAGUCAUCAUCACAAAAACUGAUGUAGAUUCUGAUUCCUGGAGUGAAAUUCGUGAAGAUGAUGAAGCCUUUGAGGCUCGAGUGAAAGAGGAAGAGCAGAAGAUAUUUGGGUUGAUGGUAGACAGACAAUCACAGGGUACCACCCCUGAUACCACUCCUGCUAGGACCCCAACUGAAGAGGGGACCCCGACGAGUGAGCAAAAUCCCUUUCUCUUUCAGGAAGGAAAAUUGUUUGAGAUGACCCGAAGUGGUGCCAUUGAUAUGACCAAAAGGUCCUAUGCAGAUGAAAGUUUUCACUUUUUCCAAAUUGGUCAAGAGGCCAGGGAAGAGACGUCAUCUGAAGACAUGAAAGAAGGUGCUGCUGAGGCUGAGCACCUAGAGCCAGAGGCAUCAGCAAAGUCACUGGUACUUUCAGAAUCAAAAGAAACAGUGGCUGAUGAAGCAGACUUACUUCCAGAUGACCUCAGUGAGGAAGUAGAGGAAAUUCCUGCUCCAGAUGCUCAGCUGAACUCCCAAGUGGGGAUUUCAACCCCUGCUGAAGCAUCAACAAAAGAGGCUGUUAGUGUAGAGACUGAGGACCUCCCCACUACACAAGUGGGUGAUACACCUCCUCUGUCUGGUGUGAAGCAGGUGUCUUGCCCUGAAUCGCCUGAACCGGUUGUACAAGUUCAGUUAGAUUUUUCCACAGUCACCAGGUCUGUAUACUCAGAUCGGGACGAUGAUUCUCCUGAUUCUUCCCCAGAGGAACAGAAAUCCGUGAUUGAAAUCCCUACUGCACCUAUGGAGAAUGUGCCUUCUACCGAAAACAAAUCCAAAAUUUCUGUAAGGACUAUACCCACUUCAACCCCAGCACCUCCAUCAGCAGAGUAUGAGAGUUCACUUUCUGAAGAGUUUCUAUCCAAUCUGGAUGGGGAAAGUAAGGAGGAUGAAGCAAAACCAAAGUCCAAAAUCCCUGUCAAAGCAACUGGCCAAAGAGUUGAGCAGCAGCUUUCACAUCUAGACUCAUCUCUCCAGAAGACAGUGGCUCCUCAGGGACAGGAUGUGACAAGCAAAGUACCAGAUAAUAGAAGCAAAUCUGAAUUUGAUGCUAGUUCUUUGGACUCAAAGACCAAAUGCCCAGUAAAAACCAGAAGUUACACUGAGACAGAAACAGAGAGCGGAGAGGGGGAAGAGGAGCUUGAGUUAGAAUCAGAUGAAGGGGUCACAAGACCAAAGAUGUUUGCAUCCCGGUUGCCAGUUAAGAACAGAAGCACCACAUCUUCCUGCAGGGGGGGCAUGAGCCCCACAAAAGAGAGUAAGGAGCAUUUCUUUGAUCUCUACCGAAACUCUAUAGAAUUCUUUGAGGAGAUUAGUGAUGAGGCUUCCAAGUUAGUGGAUAGACUUACACAGUCAGAAAGGGAGCAGGAAUUAGUUUCAGAUGAUGAAAGUAGUAGUGCCCUGGAAGUUUCAGUAAUUGAAAAUCUGCCUCCUGUUGAGACCGAGCACUCAGUUCCUGAGGACAUCUUUGACACAAGGCCCAUUUGGGAUGAGUCUAUUGAGACUCUGAUUGAACGCAUCCCUGAUGAAAAUGGCCAUGACCAUACUGAAGAUCCACAGGAUGAGCAAGAACGGAUUGAGGAAAGGUUGGCCUAUAUUGCUGAUCACCUUGGCUUCAGCUGGACAGAAUUAGCAAGAGAACUGGAUUUCACAGAGGAGCAAAUCCAUCAAAUUCGAAUUGAGAAUCCCAACUCCCUUCAAGACCAGAGUCAUGCACUGCUGAAGUACUGGCUAGAGAGAGAUGGAAAACAUGCUACGGAUACCAACCUCAUUGGGUGUCUCACCAAGAUCAACCGAAUGGAUAUUGUUCAUCUCAUGGAGACCAGCACAGAACCUCUCCAGGAGCGCAUUAGUCACAGCUAUGCAGAAAUUGAACAAACCAUUACCCUGGAUCAUAGUGAAGGGUUCUCAGUACUUCAAGAGGAGUUAAGCAUUGCACAACAAAAGCAAAAAGAGGAGCAAGCAGUUUCUAAAGAAACCGAGUCUGGUGAUCACCCCCCUAUCGUCUCAGAAGAAGACAUUUCUGUAGGCUAUUCCUCUUUUCAAGAUUCCAUCCCCAAAAUGGAGGGGGACAGCUCAGCAUUCUUUCCCCAAACUCACAAGGAGCAAGUUCAACAGGAUUUCUCAGGGAAAAUGCAAGACCUGGCUGAAGAGUCGUCUCUUGAAUAUCAGCAGGAAUACUUUGUGACAUCUCCAGGAACUGAAGUGUCAGAGACUCAAAAGACAACAGUAGUACCUGGCUCUCCAAGCAAGACACCUGAGGAAAUUAGUACUCCUCCUGAGGAGGAGAGGCUGUACCUCCAGAGCCCAACGCCCAGUGAGCGAGGAGUCUCUCCCAUUGUGCAGGAGCCAGAAGAGCGUCCAGAGCAUAGAGAGGAGAGUUCGCCACGGAAAGCCAGCCUUGUGAUAGUGGAGUCAGCUGAUGACCAGCCACCAGCCUUCGAAAGACCCAGUGAAGAUACAGCUUUUGAAAAAGAGCUAACAGAGGAAUUAGGGGAGCUGGAGGCCAGCUCUGAUGAGGAGGCGAUGGUAACCACCAGGGUUGUCCGCCGGCGAGUGAUUAUUCAGGGAGAUGAUAUGCCUGACAUACCCCCAGAAACAGUCACAGAAGAAAAAUACAUUGAUGAGCAUGGACACACAGUGGUGAAGAAGAUUACUAGGAAAAUCAUUAGGCGGUAUGUAGCCUCUGAUGGCACUGAGAAAGAAGAGAUUACAAUGCAGGGAAUGCCACAGGAACCUGUCAGCAUCGAGGAAGGGGAUGGCUAUUCUAAAGUUAUAAAGCGUGUUGUAUUGAAGAGUGACAUGGAGCAAUCAGAGGUCACUUUGUCUGAGCCCAGCAUUUUGUCCAGUUCUUCACAAUUUCAGGCUGAACCAGUGGAAGGCCGUAGAGUCAGCAAAGUUGUUAAAACAACUAUGGUACAUGGAGAGAGGAUGGAGAAACAUCUGGGGGAUUCUAGUUUAGCUGCUGAUCUUCCUUCAGCCAAAGAUGACUUUGAAGAGGACAACACUGAGUAAAGCCAGCACACAGAAGAGGGCUGUGGUGAAGGACCGGCAUGGAAAGCGCGUGGAGUUGGAGCACCUGGAGGACGUUCCCGAAGCAAGAGACCAGGACGACCUCCAGCGCGACCUCCAGCAGCUCCUGCGGCAUUUCUGCGAGAAGGACUUGAAGCAAGAGGCCAACUGAGGGGCUGCCCAGUUCUCACACCUGAAACCACACAUUCACUCCAUAUGCAGCUUCCCUGUUUCAUUAGAGGAGUGACUUAACUGGCCUAGUUAAUGGGAUACCCCAACCUUUCCACUGUUAGCAAAUACACAGCAUUUUGUUUGAGGUUCCCCCAUCCUCUUUAACUAUAAGCUAAUUUGUGACCAAAGAUAGCAUCCUUUGCACCGGAUGCUGUAUCCACUACUUUGUUGCAUCUGUACUAACCUGGUAACGGGCCACCUUUAUUGUUCUCUGCUUCUGCACAAGAUCCAUGAAAAUCCAUUGAUCAGAAGAACUUCACCUGCAGACCUCUUCAAGUGACGCUAUCUAGGAAUCCUUCCAAGGGAUAUCCGUGGACAAUGUAUAUAGCUGAAAUGCUCAAAUGAACAACAUGUCAAAAUUAAAACCACUGCCUAUCAUAACUACACUGGGCAUCAUGGAGCGAAAGGCCUCUAGGAAUUGCUGAACCAUGGUUAAUUAAGAUAUUGCUAACACAAUCGAAUGAUAAUACAGUUUUACUGCAAAAGAAGCACUUCAGACCUAUCAUGUCCUUAGAACUUCCAGAGUAGCCAUUGCUCCUAGUUAAAGAUGGGUUAAUAACCUUGAGGAACUGUCCUAACUAAGAAGCUAUUGCUGGUGCUGGCCAGCCAUGAUUUAUGACUCUCCAACAGCCACUCUGAGGGUGGGGAAGAAGAGAGAAUGAAUGAAACAGUGAGGUAUUCAGUUGCUAGCAGCUAUAUCGCGUGACAUGCUAGCAUCUUCAGGUCUUUUCAAUUUUGGACACGUUGGCAGGGUAUUUUAAAAGCUAUAACUACUGUAGUUUUCCAGUUUUCAUUGCUGCUUUAGCAAGCCACGCUGUCUUACUGGUGGUCCUUUCUUCUGGCCACUGCACUGUAGAUAAUUCAUUGAAAACAAGGUUUACCCACAACAUGAAAGGUUAAACUCCUUCACUAUGUUGGAGUGGUUUCUUUAUUUCUUUUUUUUUUUCAGGUUUAUAUCUUCUCUAAUACCUGCAUGUGGCAUUUAAAAAUCAAAACCACAGUCAAAACCCCUCUUCUAAUCACAUUAAUGGUUUCCAUUCUUUUUACCCUGAGUGAGCACUUUUCACUUUCCGGCUAGGUCUGUUUUUGAGCUUGCAGACAAGAUUGAGAAAUCCUUGAAAAUUUGAUUUUGGUUAAAAUUUUUGGUUUAUUCAUUUGAAAUCCAUACUCCCUUGGAAACUCUUAAGUGCUUUUGUGCACUUCUGUUUGUUUGUUUGUUUCAAAGAGAGGACUAUAACAAUCUGAGUGAUUUCCACGUCCUAUUCCUUAUUCCUCUAGUGGUUGAAGCUGUGUAGCAUUUUAACAUAUAUAUAUUCACAAAUAUAUUCAUAUAAACAGUAUACAUUUUGAAUCAGUUAUUUGUUAAAGAAAAGUAUAUUCAAUGAAGAUGAAAUUAAAAAACAAAACAAAACAGAGUCUAUCCUCCAGGGAUUGAACAUUUUCCAGUUAUCUGGUCUUUUCCUGUUGUGCAAAAAUGACUCAUUGCUCCGAAUGUCAAAAACAAAUGCGACAAACAAUGGCACUUCAUCUUUUAAAGUAAUGUUGCCAAUAGAAAAAAAAUUUCCUGGGAGGGAGGUUUCCUACAAGCCAAAUCUCCUAAGCCUCAAACGCUAGCACUUUUUGGCAGUUGGAUAGGAAAUAAAACAUUCUUUGGCAGCCACAAUGACAGAGGCCCAUGGUGAAACUUUUUGAGACACCCUAUGGCCUUCUUGUCAAAACCUUCACUGGAGCUCAAGAAAAGCAUUUCUGUUGUGUUCUUUGCAGUGCAGAUGAUGUCUGUGUAACAACAUAAUGGUUAUUCACCUUUUUUUGAUUUUGAUUUUUGCUGUGUUAUCAAAAAACUUGAAUACUGUGAGAAGAAGUGAAUUUUCAGUUGAUGAAUCAGCAUCUUGUUCCCAUGGUGAUAACACUAAUUGAAUAUAUCUAUGAGGGCAUGUAUUAGUUAAUGGAAAAAAAUACAACACUAACAAUACAUAGCUGCAAUGUGUACAAUGGCUGAUUUAAUUAAAUAAAAUGUACAAGUGUUAAAUGUGG